CACUUUAAGAGUCAAUGUGUGACCUAUAUAUAAGCUCAGCACUCAAUUGUCAUUCACUGUGCACAGUUUCACCUCUGCUGGGCUCUUUACCAAUCCUUACUCCAUCAUGGAUGAUAUCUACAAGGCAGCGGUUGAGCAGCUAACAGAAGAGCAAAAAAAUGAAUUCAGAGCAGCUUUUGACAUUUUUGUACAAGACGCAGAGGAUGGAUGCAUCAGCACAAAAGAACUAGGAAAAGUUAUGAGAAUGCUGGGUCAGAGUCCAACCCCUGAAGAGCUGCAAGAGAUGAUAGAUGAGGUGGAUGAAGAUGGAAGUGGUACUGUAGACUUUGAUGAGUUCUUGGUCAUGAUGGUCCGAUGUAUGAAAGAUGACAGCAAAGGAAAAUCAGAAGAGGAAUUAGGAGACAUUUUCCGCAUGUUUGACAAAAAUGCUGAUGGGUACAUUGACCUUGAAGAGUUAAAGGCCAUGCUAGAAGCAACAGGUGAAACCAUCACAGAGGAUGACAUUGAGGAGCUAAUGAGAGAUGGGGAUAAAAAUAAUGAUGACAGAAUUGAUUAUGAUGAAUUCCUGGAAUUUAUGAAAGGAGUGGAAUAAACUGAAGAAAGCAGUUCAUCAUUUUUCUUUAAUUAAUAAUUUAAUAAAACUAAAGUCUUGAAAACUUUUCGUCAUUAAAGCAUUGGUUCACUUUCACUGUGGUUGGCCAGUUGCAAUUAGUUGCAAAUAGUUUGCCAGUUACUCCUAA